AAGAGUGGGUAGUCCACCCCUAGCUUAUAUUUUCACAAACAAAGAUUUGUUUAAUUUAAUAAAAACGCAAUUUGACUAAAGUGAAAACAUAACUACAUCUGAACGACAAUGGGAGCUGUUUUGGGCCUUUGCUCGGCCGCUCAGUGUGCCAUGUGCUGCGGAGGCACUGCAGCCAGCAUGUGCUGCUCAGCCUGUCCCAGUUGCACCAACGCCUCCUCUUCGCGCUUCAUGUACGCCUUCAUCCUGCUGGUGGGCACUGUCUUGGGGGCCAUUGCCCUGUCUCCGGGAUUGCAGGACACGUUGAAGAAGCUUCCGUUCUGCAUCAACUCGACAUCCACGUACAGCUCCAAGACACUUGACACUUUUUCGGGUGGAUCUCUGCAGGUCGACUGCGAAUAUGCCCUGGGCUAUAUGGCUGUGUACAGGAUUUGCUUCGGAAUGGCCUGCUUUUUCGCUUUAAUGUCACUCAUUAUGCUGGGGGUGAAGAGCUCCAGGGAUCCGCGAUCCCAUAUCCAGAACAACUUUUGGCCCCUGAAAUUCCUGAUCUGCUUUGGAGCUGCCAUCGGUGCCAUCUUCAUACCGGAUGGAUCCUUUGGUCCUGCCAUGAUGUGGGUGGGUCUUAUAGGUGGCCUGGCCUUCAUACUCGUUCAGCUGGUGAUCAUUGUGGAUUUCGCACAUUCGCUGGCGGAGAACUGGAUAGAGAGCGCUGAAAGCAGUCGUGGUUAUUAUUAUGCCCUGGCAGGGGUCACUCUCUUGGGCUAUAUCUUAUCGCUGACUGGGAUUACACUGCUUUAUAUCUACUUUACCACUAGUACUGGCUGCGGCAUCAACAAGUUCUUUAUCUCCAUUAAUCUGAUCCUUUGUUUGAUGAUCAGCGUUAUUUCGAUUUUGCCAGCUGUGCAGGAUCGUUUGCCCCAUUCUGGAUUAUUGCAGAGCUCUUUGGUUACCUUAUACACGGUUUAUCUGACCUGGUCCGCAGUGGCCAACAAUCCGGAAAAAGAAUGCAAUCCUGGAAUGUUUGGCAUGAUGGAGGGUUUCGGCAAUGCCACCACCACUGUGGCUCCGCCCACCCACAACUCCCGGGUUACAUUCGACACCACCAACAUCAUUGGACUGGUUGUGUGGCUCCUGUGCAUCCUCUACAACUGCAUCAGUUCAGCGGUGGAGGUUUCGAAGAUCACCCAGGAUAGCAGCGAGAAGCGUGUUUUAACAGAAGCUCUAUCAGACACAGAGGCAGGCACGGAUGCCAAAGGAAAGGCGAGCACGGAUAACGAAACCGAGGGCGUCACCUAUUCCUGGUCCAUGUUCCACGUGGUAUUCGUCUGCGCAUCGCUCUACGUUAUGAUGACUCUGACCAACUGGUACAAACCCAACUCGGAUAUUGAGCUCUUCAAUGGCAACGAGGCUUCCAUGUGGGUUAAGAUCAUCUCCAGCUGGCUGGGCGUCUUCAUCUAUGGCUGGAGCCUUGCAGCGCCCAUUAUCCUCACCAAUCGCGACUUUAGUUAAAGCGAUUUUAGUGUACUUAUUGUCUAGGAAUGGUGCUUAACCGAGCAAAACGAGAAUGCCAAAACGGAAGGAAAAGAGAAAUUAGUUUCCAAAGCUAAUGAAGAUUAAUCACACAUAAUUUUGACUCUUAUUGUGGUGUCUACUCAUUGAUCUUAUUCUCAAAUUGCAACAGUUAUCAAUAUAUAUAUAUAAAAUUAAUCUACGCGUAUUAUCUACCUACGAAAUACAACAGAACUUAACCAAA